AUGCGCCUCAUCAAUCUCAAAACCCUGGGCCUUGAAACGUUCCUAGCCCAACCCCCUCCCUAUGUCAUUCUCUCACACACCUGGGGCCUAGACGAGCUAACCCUCCAAGAAUUCAACGGCCUCGAAUCUCGACAAAGCGCAGGACUCACCAAGAUUCUAAACUUUUGCAAAACCAUCCAAUCGCAACUCUCUCUCUCGGUGGAGCACUGCUGGAUCGACACAUGCUGCAUCGACAAAACCAGCAGCGCAGAGCUCUCCGAGGCCAUCAACUCCAUGUUCCGGUGGUAUCGCCAGUCACACUGCUGCUACGCCUUCCUAAGUGACGUGGAGUAUGACACCGCGGACGACACUCUUGGCAGCGAUUUCGAAAAAUCGCGCUGGUUCACAAGAGGCUUCACGCUGCAGGAGUUGCUUGCACCCCUUGACGUCUUCUUCUUUGACGUCAACUGGCGGUACAUCGGGAGCAAGGCGUCCCUUACGGAGAGAAUAUCCGCGAUAACACGCAUACCGCAACAUAUGCUGCGUGAUAGAACGUUUGAACUUGCUAGCGUGGCGCAAAAGAUGUCAUGGGCGGCCAAGAGGCAAACUACGCGGCCUGAGGAUGUCGCGUACUGCCUUUUGGGAAUCUUUGGCGUGAAUAUGCCGUUGCUGUAUGGCGAGGGGAGUAAGGCGUUUACACGGCUUCAGGAGGAGAUUCUAAAGGGCUCUGAAGACCAGUCUAUAUUUGCGUGGGACGCUUUCAAAAUGAUGUUCUCUCAGCUGGAGAGCGUGGGAGCUCUCGCCCCGUCGCCAGAGUACUUUGAGAGGAGUGGAAAUAUUUCUGCGCUGCCGUUCCCCGUAGGCGGCGAGGCAUCUACAUCCAGCAAGGGCAUCAGUAUACGACUACCUCUUGAACAGGGGGAUUCAUCGGAUCUUGCUUUGCUGUCCUGUUUGUUUGAUGGGGACUUGGGUUCCAGGGUGGCCAUUUCGGUGCGCCAAGAUCCCUCUGAUGAGACGUUUUACGCGCGUGAGGCACUGGCGUUGAAACGAGUCAACGUCUCGUCGCCGGAUAAGUUGAUCGCAUCUACGAAACGAAUCACGUUAGGUCGAGGAAAUAGAUUUAUCUAUCCUAGUUCCAGCGGUCUGCGAUGCUUGAUCCGCUACUCGCCUGGUGGUACAAGCGGCUGGCGUUGGAAGAGUUCACAGCCCGAGGGUAUGUCGUGGAUUCAUGCCAGGGAGUCGCAGUCGCUUAGUUUAGAUGUACCGCGAUCGUCGACUUCAUUGUUUGAUGCACUCCAGGUUACGCAUGUUUUUGAACGUCAUGUGCCGCCGUUGCAGGGAGUGUGUGUUGGCCUGGAGCUGUGCUUGAAGGGGUGGCAGCCUGAUGAGAGCUGGGUGAAUUUGGUGGAUCUAAAAUCUGAGAAGGCGGAAGGGGAUUCUUUGCAAGGAGAUGCGGAUGAUUAUUAUAGUGUUUUGAGAGUGAGUGCUUCGAGUGCGAGUCUUGAUUGGGGGGAUAUCAGUCUUACGGCGAGGGUUGAGCAUUUUUAUGCGUAUGACGCGCCGAUGGUGAUGGUGACGCUGGAAGAGACUUGGCCGGUAGAAGAUGAGGCUAUGCAAACCAGUGAUUUAUCGUAG